AUGAAUUCCGCUCCGCCAGUAAAUGAAAUCGAUAUUGCUGACAAGCAAUCUCUUCAGUCUGUAAUCAAUUUUCUAGUAGGAUACUUUCCAGACUCAUUGGCUUUUUAUUAUUUUUUGAGUGCAAUUCAACAAAAUACAAUAAAACCAAAAGAUUUGUGGCCAAAUCAACUGUUGGUUAACGAUAAAAAUGAUAUAAAAUGCGUGCUGUUUAUAUAUUCUCUCAUGAGCUUUAAAAAUACCUAUGAACCCACAACUGAAGAUGAAAAAUCAAUGAGAAGCGACAUCAGUUUCUUCUGCGAUAAUAAAGAAGACCAACUUUUCGUUUCUAUAAUUCAACACUAUGUUCCAUGGUCGAAGGUCAAGAAAAUCGUCUUUACCGAUUUUCCACAUCGAUUUUCGUCAAUAAUUGAAAGUUUUAUUCGAGAGAAUAAUUUAGGUGAUGCUCAUACCGUAAAUUGUCAGCAGAUGGAAUUAAACAAAGAAACAUUUAUAGAAAAAUGUAAAACUAUGACAUAUACUUGUCCAUCAGAUAUUAUUAUUCGACCGUUAACAUUGUCUGAUGCAUCCACCAUCAAUGAGCUUUGGGAACACAAAUCAGAAAUUUCCUUGUAUAGAUUUAUGUAUGAAAUAGAACAUUUAUUAUCAUACGGUGCGUUUCGUGGCGAAACUCUGAUGAGUUGGUGCAUGAGAAAAUACAAUGGUUGUGUAGCAAACGUUUUUACAAAACCAGAAGCUCGAAGACUUGGUCUUGCGUCGAUACUAAAUGUCUUUAUGGCAUCGAAGAUUUUGGAACAAGAAGAACGAGUGUUUUCUUUUGUAAUCAAUAAUAACACAGCAUCGAUCAGCAUGUUAGAAAAACUGGGAUAUAAAAGAACAGGUGAUGCCGAUUGGUUAGUUUUUACAGCGAAAUAA